AAAAAAAGGCGUGGUGUGAUGAUGAAAAUGAACUUGUCAGAAUUUGUUACUGUAUAACACUGUUGCGGAGCACCCUCUUACCGCUGGCUUAUCCCGUAAUAGCUGAGGAACUCGCUUCUCGCAGGUGACGAGAGGGUUCAGGAUUGGAAUACUGAGGACGUUUAAUCUUUCUGCUGAUUAAGAAGAAGGUAGAAAAUGCCCACCACGUUGAUAGACUCAUUUUGAAGAAGAUCAAAGAAGCAGAUGGUACGAGAACAAUACCUGACAACACAAGGCUGCAGCCUACAGAGGCCAGAGAACCAAUAUGUCUACAAGAUUGGGAUCUAUGGCUGGAGGAAGCGCUGCCUUUAUUUAUUUGUGCUGCUGCUUCUCAUCAUCUUGGUUGUGAAUUUUGCAUUGACCAUCUGGAUUCUCAAAGUGAUGUGGUUUUCCACAGAUGGAAUGGGAUAUCUGAGAGUUACAGAAAAUGGACUUCGUCUGGAAGGAGAGUCGGAAUUUCUUUUCCCGUUGUAUGCCAAAGAAAUUCGCUCCAGAACGGAUUCCCCCUUGCUUGUGGAUUCUUCACAGAAUGUGACUGUUAAUGCUCGUAACUCUGAAGGACAAAUCACUGGCAGAUUAACAGUGGGUCCCAGUACAGUGGAAGCUCAUGGAAAACAUUUUGAAGUCAACUCAAACACAGGCAGAAUGCUGUUUUCUGCAGACGAGAGUGAGGUGGUGGUUGGUGCUGACAGACUUCGGGUCACAGGACCAGAAGGUGCUCUCUUUGAACAUUCUGUGGAGACACCAGUUGUCAGAGCUGAACCAUUCAAGCAGCUCAGGCUGGAGUCUCCAACACGUUCUUUGUGCAUGGAUGCACCAAAAGGAAUUCAGAUCAAAGCAAGAGCUGGGAAUGUUGAAGCCUCUUCUCAGAGGGACAUUGUUUUCCAUACAAGUGAAGGAAUGGUAAUGUUAGAUGCUGAGACUGUGAAACUACCCAAGUUGCCUCAUGGGGCUCAGGGGGGAUCUGGAAAUCCUCAGGGACUUUAUGAAGUUUGUGUCUGUCCAGAUGGAAAACUGUACCUGUCUGUCGCAGGAGUGGGAUCCACCUGCCAGGAAUACAGCCGGGUGUGCCAGUGAGCACAUCUUGGUGUCUUCUCAAAUCUUCUGAGAACUUGACAUUUCAUCCAGCAAUUUUGAAAACGUUUGAAUUUUCUUCAGUAAAUGCAGCUGCAAGUAUCAGUGCCAUAUAAUCUUUUUUUUAAAAAAAGUGGUAAAAUAUUUCCCUGCACCAAUACAUCUAAUCUGAGACAUUAAACAGAAAUCCCUAUUGCCCCAGAAAAACCAAAAUUAAUCAAUUUACAAAUGGACAACAAGAGCACAAUUCAAAACUCUAACUUCAAAUAGUGGAAGCAGAAAUCUAACUCGGACUCGAUUGCCAUUGUUGCUCAUACAACAUUACUAAACGCUCCACAUAAUGGACUGCGACAUGAUGUACUAUAAACAGUUGCUUCAGAUGAUUACCUGAUUAUUGAACGUUUUUAUAGUAAAGCUAUAUGGACUCUGAAUUAUAAAUCAACAUUUUCUAUCAGUGCAUCAAACUAACUUCGACAUCAUCCAAAUCGUAUGCCAACAUCUAAGAUUCAUUUUUUUAACAAUUAAACUACAUUGUAUUAAUUAAAUUUUGAUACACUUACAGCGGGGACUGGGUUGAUUUUGACCGGUGUCCGUUUGAUCUCUAUGCAAUAACUUUUUUUUUCCUGCAAUAACACUUGAACCACAAGAGCUGUGCUUUUUGUACAAAAUUACAACGUGGAAUAAAAUACCCAAAGCUUUACCAUCUAUAUGUAAACCACAGUAUUAAAGUUGCAGUACCCUUUCUUAGUCUUUUUAUAAAAGCUAUGUUGAAAUGUAUGAAAUAAAAGUGCGCAAUCCCUA